AUGUCUUUAUAUGCCGCUAAUGAUCUCUCUGUACAAGGUCAAAGUAUUGAACUUCAAGGCAAAUUUUUUACAAUAAUUGACAUGUGUUCAAUUUCUCCAUCCACCAUUGAAAUUGGAAUAACCAAAGCAACACUUUCAUGUACAUCUGACCUUGUUACCACAUCGACAAAGAUUGAGCUCUAUCAUGAUGGACUCUUGGUUGGUAAAUCUGCCAGUUUCCCAAUUGACUUUGUAACAUCAAGGUCAGGACAAUCUUUUAAGGUUGUAAUUUAUGACACACUUACUGGUGGUAAAGCUAGUGAAGAUAUACUCUUGUCAAAAGCCAUUACGUUCAGUACUAAAUCAUUACUUACAAGUAGUUUCGUAUCAAAAAUUGCAAGUCAAAUGGCAAUCAUUUCACAAUCGAAUAGUGCCAGUUUUAAAGACAUUUCCAGUAAUAAUAAUUAUAUUGUUUCAAUGAUUAAUAAUAUUGGAAUAGCUACAGAGAUUGUGCAAAAGGAAAUCGCUUCAUUGACUCCAAAAGCUUUGGAUAUGUCAAUUACGGCAAUUUCGAAAGACAUGAAAGAGUCAAGUCCAUCUCUAGGCUCGUUCUCAACCAUGGUCAACCAGAUAAAGGACUUGUCCAAUCCUGAAUAUUUAACUGAUUCAAAUGUUGAGAAAACUACUCAAAUUGUAAACGAAUUUGUUUCAUAUACUCAAAGAUUGACAAACUGGGAUGAUGGGAUUUCUGCUUCGCUUUCUAAUAUUGUAACAAACAUUGCUCCAAAGAUAUCUGAAACCACUACAAUGUCCAUGAUUUCUAAAAUUGCGUUUUCUACUAUUUCCAAAAGUUCACAAUUCACAUUCACAACCACAAACUUUUUCCCAGAUAAGAAACCUUCCAAUUUGAUUAUUGUGAAUGCAGUAAAGUCCAGUUACGUCUCCAUGAACUCACUUUCGAUUACAUCCGAAUCCAAAGUCCCACUAGUCUCAUUCCAAUUGUCCAAACACAAGACAACAGCUCAAGCCAAUGAAGAAAUCAUAGUUUCACACUCAGUUUUCAAAUAUCCAUCAUCAAAGCGAUCCAUUACAACACCUAAAAGAGAUUUCAUUUCCCAAUUGAGUAUUUCUUCAAAAAACAUUUUGGAAGGAACUGCUUCAUUCAAUAUUCCUCUCCCAUCGUAUGCUUCACCAAUUAGUCCUCUAAUCAAACAAACUUUCAGAUGUAUUACUGUAUACGACAUGAAGGAUUUCCAAGUUGAAACGUAUUGUAAAUACGCCAGCAAUUCCAAACAAUAUUUAUCUGAAUUUCAAUCUGAUUCAACAACUGUUGUAACAUGUUCAUGCGAUUUGAAUUAUUUAUCAAAGCAAUCUCAAUUUUCAAUGAUUGGUGUAACAGCUGAGUAUUUGGAAGAUGAUUCUGCCUAUAGAGCAGACCAAGAUGCAAAGGUAGCAGCUGGUGUAUCUGUUGCACUCAUAUUCGUUAUUCUUUUUAUUGUUGGAAUAGUUCUAUUGGGUGUUGGAAUUUCAGUCUUUUUGUAUUUUAGAAAGAAGAAACAAAUGCCACCUGCCCAAUUCCCUGCCAAUUCACAACCAUCGAUUCAGUACACUACACAACCCUCAAGUAGCACCAUCAAUACCUCUACUCCUGAUUUAUUGGUUGCCUAUUCUGUAAAUGCUGAUUUUGAAUUGGGAACUGUAAAUGCUGGUCAGCAUUGGUCAGUUCCAAAUCAAAUCCAUUUAGGUGCUAUGGAUGGUAUCGAAAAUGUGACAGCACAAAAUAUUCAACCAACUUCAAUUUAG